AUGGCGUAUACGAAAUCCGGGGUAAUGAAGAAGGAGUUCGCACUCCCUAUGGUGCCUGGCAUGACAUGCGGGGAGGAGAUGUUGCGACGGAAUUACCACCGCAUGCAAGCUCACCGUCCGAAGCCUUAUUCAGUGAACUCCAUUAAAAGUGUGCCCAUUGACUUGACCAGAAGCAAUAUGGAGAAAACGUCCUCUCUCACAAAGACUGUGGAUGACACUCUUGCCGACGACAAGGACUCUCGGCGGUUAGACGCCAGCUAUCAGCAGACUGUCAAUGAUGACCUCAGUGGGCGGGUAUUACGCUUUUAUGGUUACACAAAAGAACAAGUACCGGAGAGCUCCAUUGAACGGGAACGCUUGCGCAAAGUUGUGUUCAAUGUAUUCUUGGAAGAUAACACAAUGAGUGUGGCCGAGCAGAGCCCGGACAACUCUGGAUUUGCAUUUCCCCUAGCUCUCAAGCGACAUAUUGUCCCCAUGCACGAUGGCACUCCCAUUACAUUUGCAGAUUUCCGCGUGGGUGAACCAAUCACAUUCUAUGGUCGUACAUACAUGUUGUACGAUGCAGAUAAGUUUACCCGCGAUUUCUUCAAAGAGGGAGGUGUGGAACUUGAACCAGCACAGGAAUUGCCAACGGAUGCCUUCACGCUACUGCGUAGCCGCCCCAUAGCGAAGGCUCACGACGUGCGCUCCAUUGCAGCAGACAGCCCCUUAAACAUUGCUUUGUUGCCAGAACAGGUACGUGCAGCGCAGCAGUUUCUGGAACAUGACGGUGAAGUUUUGCGCUGCGACUGUGUAUGGGAUGACACAGAGGCCCUUCAUGGCGUAAAGCAUUUUUUCACUCUUUACUACUUUCUUGCAGAUGGUAGCAUCGCCGUGGUGGAGAAGGACUUUCCUAACAGCGGCCGUGAUCCGUUUCCGCGGUACUUCCGUCGACAACGUGUGGCAAAACCCAAGGGAGACGGAAAGUUUGAUCCGCAGACACUGGGUUCCCUCACCUUCAAGGAGGACGCCAAUACGGUUUACUACACCGACGAUGAUAUUCGCAUUGGAAAUGUGUUGAACCUCUACGGCCGCCUUGUGCUUAUUUGUGACUACGACGAGUUUACACGGAGCCAUCUUCGCAACAAGUUUGGCAUCACUGCAUACGAACCGAUACCGGGAGGAAAGAUGCCGCCCGCGGUUCCGAUUGGCUCCCAGAGACGUGAGAAGACUUCUCAGGAGUUGGAAGAAAUGCAAGAACGCAAGCUCAGAGAAAGCCGCAUGAGAGAAUUUGCCGAUGGUGUUGUGAAAUUUCUUAUGCGACUUGACAAUGCCAAGUACGAGGAUGAAAUUCGAAGGUUUGUCCUGGCCGUGUACCCAGCAGAUAACACAAUCUCUAUUUUUGAGCCCGUGCAGCGGAACAGCGGAAUUGUGGGUGGGAAAUUCCUCCAGCGUCAACGUUGUAAACGGCCUGACGGGGAACUUUACACGGCGCAAGAUUUUUUUGUUGGGGCUCGUCUGAAUAUCAACGGCUUUUCAUUUGUUGUCCUUACCUCCGAUGAACGAUCUCUAAACUACAUGGAGGCAAACCGCAAGGAGUUCAGUCGCUCUGACAUUAAUUGCAUCGUACGCAAGCUUCGUGCCAUGCUCACAAGCAAGCAGACAGGACUUGUUGAUGCAUUCCGAGAGGCAGAUGAGUCGAAUAAAUGCGGGCUCAAGAUGGAGGUUUUCUUGGACAUUAUGGGAAGGCUUCAACUGGACAUCUCGGAGCAGGAGAUCCUCAGCAUCCUGCGCUACUUUGACAAGAAUAACGAAUCAUACGUCUCGUAUGAAGAGUUUGUGGCGCGUGUGAUGCCUGAGGGGGCCACCGUUGCCUCAGAUGAUCGUCCGUGGGAAGUUAUUGACAGGGAGAGUGCCGAAAAGGAGUCGGCCGCUUUUGUGAAGGACCCGAGAAUUGAUGAGAUAAAACGCCAAAAGGAGGAGGAGACCACUCUGGCAUCGCGUGGUGCGGCAAAGUUGUUAGAGCUCUACGAUCAGCGACGUCAACUUGUUCUGAAGGAAUUUCGCGCUGUGGCGGACUACUCCACUGAGAGUGUCGUUGGACCAAAUGAAUUCAAGCUAUGUGUACGAAAGAAGCUUCAGAUGCGAGGCAUCACUGACGCUGAACUUAAUGCACUGUGCGCAAAACUGUUUUAUAAAGACGUUCCACGACUCAGCCUUGAAGAAUUAACGCGUAUUUUUAACGGCACGUCAUCUCUGCCUCGAAAUCUGCUUGAAAUCAAGCAGGGCAUUUCUCGAUAG